ACAUCCCCAAAACAACAUCCCCAAAAACAUGUUUCUCAGGAAAACCAAAUCGUACUUGUUGAAACCCUAGCGCCAUCUCGCCGCCGGCGAUGUCCGCUUGACGGACGCGCCGCCGAGAAAGCACCAAACUCCUCCGAGCCCUCCCCUCUCUCUGAUCCGUCGCCCGCCCGCGGGAUCCGGAUCGUCUUCAGCCAUGUCAAAGGCCAGGGUCUACGCCGACGUUAACGUGGUGCGCCCCAAGGAGUACUGGGAUUACGAGGCCCUCGCCGUCCAGUGGGGUGAGCAGGAUGACUAUGAAGUUGUGCGGAAAGUUGGAAGGGGCAAAUACAGUGAAGUCUUUGAAGGUAUCAACGUCAACAAUAAUGAGAAAUGUGUUAUUAAGAUCCUGAAGCCUGUGAAGAAGAAGAAGAUCAAAAGAGAGAUCAAAAUACUACAGAAUCUCUGUGGAGGUCCAAAUAUUGUGAAGCUGCUUGAUAUUGUCAGGGAUCAGCAUUCAAAAACACCAAGCUUGAUCUUUGAAUACAUCAAUAACACAGAUUUCAAAGUGCUAUAUCCGACAUUGACAGAUUAUGACAUUCGCUACUAUAUCUAUGAGUUACUGAAGGCUUUGGAUUACUGCCAUUCACAAGGCAUUAUGCACCGAGAUGUGAAGCCUCACAAUGUUAUGAUAGAUCACGAGCUUCGAAAACUCCGGUUAAUAGACUGGGGCCUUGCUGAAUUCUACCAUCCUGGAAAGGAGUAUAACGUUCGUGUUGCAUCAAGGUACUUCAAGGGACCUGAGCUUCUUGUUGACUUACAAGAUUACGACUACUCUUUGGACAUGUGGAGUCUUGGCUGCAUGUUUGCUGGAAUGAUAUUCCGCAAGGAACCAUUUUUCUAUGGCCAUGACAACCAUGAUCAACUUGUUAAAAUUGCAAAGGUACUUGGAACAGAUGGGCUAAAUGCUUAUUUGAACAAGUACAGAAUUGAGCUUGACCCUCAGCUUGAAGCCCUUGUUGGAAGGCACAGCAGAAAACCCUGGUCGAAGUUUAUCAAUGCAGACAACCAGCAUCUAGUAUCCCCUGAGGCCAUAGAUUUCCUUGAUAAGCUUCUGCGCUAUGAUCACCAGGAUAGGCUCACCGCACGUGAAGCUAUGGCACAUCCAUACUUCCUCCAGGUGAGGGCUGCCGAAAACAGCAGGACUCGUGCGCAAUAGCAAUAGCAGGACUGUUGCUGACAUUGAACGAGCAGCGCUUGACGAAGCUGCAUCCUUGUAGCGACUUUGUCAUGUAUUAUGACUCGAUAAUGGUUGGGUCAGCUGGGAAAGGUAAGAGCCUGUGUGGUGUGUGCCUCUCGUCGACGAGGCGGAAAAGAACUGUGAUUUGCUCCUGUUGUUUGUGUAUGGAAACCUGAUUGAUUGAAACUUCGCAAACACUUUUCAUGUAACGUGUUUGGUAACAUUGUACGACUCUGCUUGUAAAGAAUAUCUUUGGUAAAUUGCUUUGGAUUCAAAA